GUGGCCCCAUAUUUCAGUAUUUUUGUUAAAGGAGACACCAAUAGAAGUGCACUAAGAUUUCCAACAUGUUGUGUUUUAUUUUAUUUUCCAUUUUGUUCGCUGAUAUAGUUGUAUCGAAUGUCAUCGUCGGCCCAGGAUAUUCCCGAAUACGCGAUACAACGAUUUUAGGAGAUGGAAGUAUUUCUCCAACAAAUGAAUAUCUUUUGCGCAAUCGGCCAGGUUAUAUGUCACCUGUACCAACCCAAUCUGAUAUUCUUCAGCCAAUUAAUGGCAAUGAAAAUCUAAGAACUCUUAAUAUUAAGAAUUCGCAAUGGAGAGCAAACGAUGGAUAUCUACAGCCAUCAGGGGUAAAACAAUUUGAAGUUCAAAAUAAUCCAGGUUUAGCUAAUCCUGAACGUGUUGGAAGUAAUCGUCCUCUAAACGUACAAAGUAUACCAUAUUCAGCAGAGACCGGAAAUUACGGUCAGCUUCAAACAAAUUUCCAAUUUACUGGUACACCUCAAAGUUAUAAUGCUGAAUAUAUAAACUCUAAUCAAAGGAUACGAGAUAUAUUAUUAUCAACAAAUCACAGAAAACGAUAUUUAGUUGUACAUCCCGAUGGCAAAGUGGAGCAUGUAGACAGUUUGGAUCUUAUUGCAAAAGAAUAUCCUAAUUUUAUAUUAAUUAACUCUGAUAAUAUUAUAUCAAAUAAACCGAAAGAAGAAAUUAUUAUACAACCACGAACUUCUUUUGUUACUUCAGUUGAAACAGAAACAAAUUUAGAACCACAAAAUAUUAAUUCAUCUACAGCACAAGAGAUAUCUUCUAAUAAUUCACUUAAUAAUGAUAAUAUCUUACAACAACAAGUAUCAUCGUCAUCUGAUGAUCAGUUAUUGGGAGAAUCAUCAAUUAUUACUACGGACACAACUGAAAAAUCUGAAACUUCAUUAGUUAGUUCUGAUGAAGUUUCACUCACAGUAGUUACAGCAACAACAAUUAAUGCCAAUCCUGAAGAUGAGGUUACAUUUACAACCACAAAUGUCCCAAAUGUAGUAUUCAAAAGUGCUGGAAAUAAAGUUGUUAGUACUGUAGAAGACUCAAAUUCUUGUGUAGAUAGCUCGGUAGAGAAUGUGUCUGAUGUUACUGCUGAUGAAAGUGAAAAUGUUAUAACUACAGAUGAACUAGAAGAUGAACCAGAUCACAAACCAGUAUCAUGGUUUAGAACCGACGAGAGCUUUUGGGAUAAAUUGAAAGAUAGUACAGAAACACAGGAUGUAGCAUACUUUUUCGUUGUUCAAUCACCGCAUCGUAUCGAGAAGGACACUACACGUACUGUAUUUGCUAAUGGCACAAUUGUGGAAGAGUUAAUUGAAUCUAUCUGGGAGCAUGGAUUUGACAGUGAACCCAUAGUGACGAAAACGGUUAAUGUUAUACAGCCUGAUGAUAUACAAGACUGAAUGGAAUACUAUGAUAUAAGUAUAUUACAUAUUUAAGAAAUUCUGAAUACAAAUAACUAUUAUAUAUAUUUUGUACUACA